AUCGAGCUCGAGAUUCAAGGAGGACCAUCCCCUCGCCCUCUUCUUUCUGUACCUCACUUGCUCUCCGACGAAUCAGCCUGCUAUUACCAUGGCUACGUUCUUGCUGAGAUGGCGGUGCAUCAAACUCGCAACUUCUUCUUGAAGAACUUCGGACAGAUUGUGGACAACAACAAGAUCGGGCCGAUGCUCGAGGAGGCGUACUGGCGGCCCGGAAACCUGGAGAUGUUCCUGGACCUGGUGAAGAAGCUGACGGAGGAGCCGCUGACGGGGAGGCCUGGGUCAACGCGAUCAAGAUCCCUGUGGAUGAGAAGCUGGGUAAGGUUAUGCGCCAUCGUCCUAUGGGCUGACCGUCCUGCCACUGCAGAGAAGGAGAGGAAGGAGUAUGACAAGGCUGUUGCCCGCCCUGCUCCUGGUGCCGAUGCUGGAGAGGAGGAGGUUGAUCUCAAGAUGCGCGUUCGCUUCGUCGACGGUCCCACUGUCAUCGCCGACACCGAGGAGAGCAAGGGAGAUUUCCUUGCUGCCUGCCGCCAGUUUGAGCGCUUCCUCGAGGAGAAGUAUCCCCUUGCUGCUGGGGAGGGAGAGGGCAGCUCCGCUAGAACCUUCGGGUGAGGAGCCCGCCGUCGUGCCAUACCUGGAAGAGGAGGAGGAGGAGGAGGAGGGUCAUGUCUUGUGCUGUACAUGAACUUUCCUUACCUGAUG